GAAAGCUUUUUCAUUUUAGUUAUGCAGCGCAAAAGGAAAAUAGGCUAAUUGGCUUUUCUCAACUCGCCAACUUAAUUUUAAGUAAACUGUAGUGUUCAAUAGCUGCGUUUGAAGGAAAGGGUCGUUUUACAGGCUAUAUUGCAUAUAUAUCAAUAUGACGUCUCCUCUCUUUGUGAUAUUUUUGGCAGUCGUUCCACCUCGGGUUAUAUUUGCAAUGGACUACUCCGCAUCGCCUGCAUUCCGAUCCGUACGCUCUGUAUGCAGAUCUAUUCCUAAUACACUGAGUCUAUGUCAUGGUGUUGGGUACACAGAAAUGCGUCUUCCGAACCUUCUGGGUCACGAUACAAUGAAAGAAGUGCAGCACCAGUCAAGUUCUUGGGUACCACUACUGUCCAAGCAAUGUCACCGUGACACGAAGAAAUUUCUGUGUUCCCUGUUCACUCCGGUAUGCUUACCUGACCUCUCAGAACCCAUUCGGCCAUGCAGAAGCCUCUGCGAAGAUGUACGCGACGGCUGUCUACCAGUGAUGAGCGCUUUCGGGUUUCCAUGGCCAGAUAUGUUCAACUGCAGCCAAUUUCCAAGCGACCCAGACCUUUGCAUCCCCUCGACCGGAGCGACCAACGCAGAAGAGAAUGGAAGAUACGGCAAUAAAAGUAACAUUGAAGGAACGGUCGUCUGUGAUGCUUGCGGCCUUGCAAGCGAAGGGGAAAAGGAGAUCCGUCUCAACUACUGUAAGAGUAAUUUCGCCGUGAAAUUUAGAGUAGGUGAAAGCUCAGUGGAGGGGAGAGACCGCAGAAUAAUAGCACAAGUACGGACCCAUAUGAUGCUGAAAGGCAGAGAGCGCUCGGAGGCGGCGGCUAUGGUCAAGAGCGCCCUCUGGCUGCCAGAUGGUGGAAGCUGUAUCUGCGAAGAGCUGGACGACCAACCCACCGUCUCCUUUGUCGCCCUGGGAAACUUCGAGGGCAGAAGGCUGGUGCUCUCGCGCUUGAUGAAAUGGACGAGAGCAGAGAGGGAGCUGAAGAAAUUAAUCAGGAGUCUGCAGAGAAUCAAGUGCUAAAGCUAUAUUUGUUUUAGGCGUUUAGAAAGCGCUAAUGUUUACUGGAGGGGCCAUGGGUUAAAAUACAUUGAGUGGUACCACAUUUGUGUAGCUAUUUCCGACAGUGAUGUUGUCCACUUCUGUACGUCGCUCUGGAGCAUCUAUUCAAUGAUUGAAAUGUAAUGUUUUGUAUGAGUGUACAGGAAUUGCAUUGCGGAGUUAUGGCAAAAUAAAAUCAGACCAUA